GACAAACAAGGUGAAAGGUGAGGAGAAGUCACACAUAAAAGCCAGUUUGAGCUCAGACUGUGGCAGCAGACAGGUGCGCCAGCAGGAUGCAAACCUUGGUAACUUUGUGCGCUCUUCUCUCGCUCCUCAUUUCUGCUCAUGCAGAUGUUGUGGAACGUUUUGAGGAUGUGCCAGAAUGCUUGAAGUACUUCUAUGAAGGCAAGGUGCCAGAGUGGGGGGCUUCUACAGCCGGAGCUGCUCGUCUCUGUCAGCGCUUCGUCAACAGGUACCACUUUGCCACACUGUAUGACACCAACCAUCGCAUUGCUGUCUACUCCGCCUAUCACUUCCAGCCCAGCAACGGAGGUGGCAGGGAGAGAAGGUGGUUUGUCGAGCCUCAGCUGGUAAACACGUCCUGGCAAGCAGAGAUGAAGGAUGGCUACUGGCUGGGGAAAGACCACCCUGGGGUCUACCUAGGAGAGAAACAGGCUCUGAAUGAGGACUACACGCACUCUGGCUUCGACCGCGGUCACCUCAAUCCCAACGGACACCAUGCAGUCCCUAGCCGCAACGCCACGUUCACCCUGACCAAUGUGGUUCCUCAGAACCCCAAGAUGAACCAGGACGCCUGGAGGAUCCACGAGUCCCAGCUCACAGCCCUUUUCCGGGACAAGUGCUCUAAGGCCUUCGUGCUGGUCGGAGCCGUUCCCUCCGCAGACAACUGGAUUGUGAAAAACGACGUGAAGCGUGUCAACAUCCCAGACUACCUGUGGAACGCCUACUGCUGCGUAGACAACAAUGGCAGACCCGUUCAGAGUGGUGCUGCCACAGCGAGGAACACUGAGCUCAACUGGGUGGAGAAGCUCUCACUGGAUGGACUGGGAGAGUUCCUCCAGCAGUUCUCCAAUCAGCCAGUAGGGGAGCUGUUUUACAACAACUGCAAGGCGUAAAACAUAACAAAGGGAUGAUGGUAAAUUGUUACAUUACAUUUGUAUAACCACGAGAAGCUUGUAUCUAAUAUUGAUUAAAGUGUGGUAAUACAGUAAUUGAGUCUCACACUGUUGUCAACUUGGUGUGUGUUACAAUUUAACAGCUUUAAGACUAAUACAUUCU